AGUGGCUGAGUUACUGAUUACAGGUGAUGCUCGCCUGUAAUUUGUUACAGAUAAGACUCCUAUUUUAAGUGCGAAGUCCUGCACAAAGGUACAACCAACCCUCCACUGCCAUCACAGGACCAGUCUGUCAGGCCUUUUGGAUUUGCAUUUUCUUCUUUCUAGCAUCUCGUCUGGCACAGCAGCAUAAUGAGCGUAGAGUCCAAAAAAACUCAUGCGGCAUGCUGCUCCAAGCUUAAGCUCUUCCUUGCCUCCAUGGCAUUUGUAUUUUUUGCCAAAGCCUUUGGUGGAGGCUACAUGAAGAGCUCCAUUACACAGAUUGAGAGGCGAUUUGAUAUUCCCAGCUCCCUGAUUGGUGUCAUAGAUGGCAGCUUCGAAAUGGGCAACCUGCUGGUAAUCGCCUUUGUGAGCUACUUUGGUGCCAAGCUCCAUCGUCCUAGGCUGAUCGGUAUUGGCUGUGUGAUCAUGGCUGCUGGAUCCUUCCUUGUAGCCAUGCCUCACUUCUUCCAGGGACCGUAUAAAUAUGAGACCAGUGUGUCUCACAAAGCUGAUGUCAACAGCACUGAGAGCGUCAUGCCCUGUCUGUCCAACCACAGCGUGACUGAAGCAGAUGACACAUUUGAUCAAGAGACCAAAGCAGCUUGUGAAAAGACAGCCGGCUCACCCAUGUGGAUCUAUGUAUUCCUGGGAAACAUGCUGCGAGGAAUUGGAGAGACCCCCAUCAUGCCACUGGGAAUUUCCUAUUUGGAUGACUUCUCCAGAGAAGAGAACACCCCUUUCUAUUUGGCCUGCAUCCAUGCAGUGGGAAUUCUAGGACCUAUGUUUGGAUAUAUGCUUGGAUCAUUCCUUGCCAAGAUCUACGUGGACACUGGAUUUGUGAAUUUAGACACCAUCACCAUCACCUAUAAGGACUCCCGAUGGGUGGGAGCCUGGUGGAUGGGCUUCCUAAUGACUGGCACAGUGGGUCUUCUGUCGAGUAUCCCAUUCUUUUUCCUUCCCAAGUCUUUGCCCAAACAAGGGCAAGAGGAAGAGCAAAGUCAGAGCAAAAGCACAGAGCUUACCACAAUGACAGAGCAGGAAAAUUUCCUUCCCGAGAAAACCCAGGAGAAACCAGUCAAAUUCCUGGAGCUGGCAAAAGAUUUCAUACCAUCUCUGAAGACACUCUUCAGAAACAAGAUCUAUUUGCUGAUGAUUCUCACCUACCUCGUGGUUGUCAAUGGCUUCAUUGGCCUCAUCACCUUCAAGCCAAAGCACAUAGAGCAAGUCUAUGGCCAGUCAGCCUCCAAAGCCAUUUUCCUCAUAGGUAUAUUGAACCUGCCAGUGGUAGCUCUGGGUAUCAUCACUGGAGGUUUUGUACUGAAGCAUUUUAAGCUGGGUGUUGUUGGUGCAGCCAGGGUGGCAGUCACUGCCUCUUUGGGGUCCUUUUGUCUGCUUGCUGCUCAGAUUUUCAUCCAAUGUGAGAAUGCAGAGGUGGCCGGUCUCUCCGUGUCAUAUCAAAGAGUUCCUCAAGUGUCCUACAACCCACAGACUUUGCUGUCACAGUGCAAUGAACAAUGCUCCUGCUCAGUGAAGCACUGGGACCCAGUGUGUGCCUACAAUGGCAUGACUUAUGCCUCACCCUGCCUAGCUGGCUGCCAGACCUCCACCGGAACUGGCAAAGAAAUGGUGUUUCAUAACUGCACCUGCAUUAAUGAAGCAGGUGCAGCUGCAAACACAUCUGUAGUGCUGGGCCAGUGCCCCAGGGACAGCGACUGUGAUAGAAAAUUUAAAAUCUACAUGUCUUUGUCUGUAAUUGGGUCCUUCAUUUCUGCCUGCGGGGCAACGCCGGGAUACAUCGUUCUGCUCAGGUCUAUACAGCCAGACUUGAAGUCACUGGCUUUAGGUAUGCAGACCCUAAUCAUAAGAACUUUGGGUGGCAUCCCUCCCCCUAUAUAUUUUGGAGCGCUGAUUGACCGUACCUGUUUGAAGUGGGGUACAAAGCAGUGUGGUGGCCGUGGAGCAUGCAGACUCUACGAUGCUAAUGCAUUUAGACUUACAUACAUGGGAUUGAUUAUUGGAUUCUACUUCAUUGCCAACUCAUUGUGGGGGUACCUCUACUACAGCAUUGUCAAGAGACAGAAGAAAAUAGCGCUGAAGAAUCAGGCCAAAGAAAAUGGACAGGAAAGUAAUACAGCAGGCAAUGGACAUGCCAGUAUCAACAUUGCUGACAUAGAAGACAUGGGCACGGAGUGUACUAUUUAAUGUGUUUUAGGAAGGCCACACCAUUGUUAAAUACAGGUGAAUGUCUGCAUAUUGUGCUGCAUCCAUACUGGACCAAAUAAUGGUAAUUCUACAGCACUCUUUGGUCUUGGGCAGUAUACCUCUUUCUUAUUGAAUCAAAACUAGAAGAGUUUGUUCAAGGUCAACGAUCUAGGGAAAAAUGUUGCUAAACUUAAUAAACACAUUUUGUGCAGUCCACAUCUGAACACACAGUCAUGAAAAUAUAGCAGAGACCCACGUUUCUUAAUGUGUUAGCAAUGCUUCUGAGCAGCAACACAGUUCAGAUAUGCUGACAAAGAAGAAAAUGUGUCAGAUAUUUCCUCCAUUUAAGCUCAGAUAUUGUAGCAUUAGCUCAGGUAAAAGUAAAAUGUCUUACCUGUAGAUUCCUAUAAAAAUUAUUUUUGUGGCGUAAUAGUUCAGAUUCACUUGGUAACAAUUGUUUCAUUAAUUUCAUAAAUAUACAAUCUAACCAUUUGGGGAAAUAUGUUCAUGUGCAGGUUUACUAAGAGGUAAAGCUCAAUACCACUCCCAAUAUCUACAGUAUAUGACGCUACUUAGUUUAGCUUAGCUUAGCAUAAUAUAGCACAAAGGGUAGAAACAAGGGAAAAUAGAUAGCUUGGCUGUGUCUAAAGGUAACAUUCACCCCCGUGGCAUAUUUGAGCUGCUUUAUAGUUUUGUUACUCAAACUGACCAUGAAGGGUCAUUUGCCUUUCACUCACUGUGUUUUGCAGUUCCAGAUGUUCUUAUCAGCCAGUGUUUUCAGUUUAUUACUUAACAAACUUUGUCACACAUUAUUUUAUGUGCAUGGAUUUCAAACAGUGAAGGAGCGGAAGAUGAAAAGGCCGUUGAAAGUUAAUAUUUUUAAAAGCUGCUGCAUUUAACAGGUCAAACCAGGUCAAGAGAUAGCCUUUCAGACAUCCUUGUUGCAUCACAUUAUUUUACACAAAUCCAAAGGUCAGGAGUGUUCAGAGAAUCCUCUGACUCGUUAGUGUUUGCUUGCAGAAAGUUCACAAUGGUUUGGACAGUGGACUAAGAGUGAGUGAGUGAAACAGGACAUUGAAUUUUAUUUUUUAUUUUGCUUUCUUACACUGUGGUUGUUGUCCAAAUGUAUUACAAGACACAGUUACUACUAAUAAUGAUGAAUUCUAUAUUGUCUUAGAUAUGCUUCUGUUCUUACAUGUUUUUGGAAAAAACCUUUUUUACAAUUUUGUUGAUUGUCCUUGAAAAAUAUCACUUGCAUUAAAGACAAAUUUUGUCCACA